AUGAAAUUAUUAUUUUUUUUAAUCUUUUUUUUAUUAAUAAAUUUUAAUAUUUUUGUUGAGUCCCUAAAAAUUACUGAUCUAUCAACAAAAUCAUCACUCAAUCAGUAUUCAGAUGGACCGAAUCAAAAUAAUUUUCCAACAUGUAAAUUUGUUGUAGUAUUAUUUUUAGAAUUGUCUGAAAGUACAAAUGAUAUCCGUUUAUUCCAACCAGAAUAUAGUCAACAAAUCUAUUCACAUUCCACUUCUCCAUCAAACGGCAAUAAAACUUUAAUUUAUCAAAUUGAAAGCUGGGCCUCUGAUUCAAAAAAUGGUUUAAUAGUUGGUAAUUACACAUUUGGCGAGAUAUAUCCAAAUGGAACAAUAGCAGUAUCUAAUAUAAAUAAAAACUUUUAUUGUUCUGCGCCACCAUUACCAGAAAAAAAUAAUAUUAUAGCUACAGAUUUUAGUUUAUAUGAUAAUAAAAUUAUGAUUAGUUAUUUUUCAAUUUAUUCAUGGAAUAGAGCAAAUUUAAUAUCAUUAUCAUUUAUUGAUAAUUUAAAAUCAGAUAUAUGUGAUUCUGAUUGUAGAAUUGAAAAAUCUGGUAAUUAUUAUAUGAUUUAUAUGAAAAUUAAUAAUUUUGAUACAAUGACAUUUUCAAUAAAUUCAACAUACCAUAAUAAUUUCAAUUUUGCUCUAACUAUUAAUGGAAUUUUUAAAAAUACAAAAAAAGCUAAUAUGGUAAUUCCAACAAACGUUAAAUUUUAUCCAUCGGGUCCAUUUAUAAAUAGAUUUAGUGUUAAUAGUUAUAGCUAUAGUUUAAUUAAUUUAGAUUCAGAUGAACCAAUUAAAUAUUUAUCAUCAAACUAUGUAAAUUCAAGUGGUUUUGAAAAAUUUGAAAUUCAAAUGAGUCAAAUAAUUUUUACAAAUAAAUUAUCACAAGCAUUUUUAAAUCAAAAUCAUUUAAUGAAUGAAGCAUAUUAUGAAUAUAGAUAUUGGAAUAAUCAAACAAUAAAUAAUAAUAUUAAUCAAGUUAAUAAAAAUGAAAAGUUAUUAUCACCACUUUACCAAAUUGAAUCAUAUAUAAAUGGAGAUGUUGUAUCGGGUCCUCCUUUUACUACAUAUACAGCUUCGAUAGGUGCAAUGGAUUUUUUAGGUAUUGGUUCAAUAAAUACUAAAACUCUUUCAUUCCCAAUGGUUUUAAUGUAUCCACAAAUAUCAUUUACAAAGUAUUAUUCAUUCCCAUUUGGAUGUAGUGUUGCAAAUGAAUCAACAUAUAUAACAUCGAUAACUCAACCAAUGAGUAAUGGUAUUCAAGGAACUUUAAAAGUUUUUAUUGGUGGAUCAAAUGUAUAUAGUGUAGAUGCUAGUUCAAUUCCAAAGGAAACUUUAAUAUUUUCAUUGGAAUUUAUUUAUAUUGGUUUUAAUAAAUUCAUGGUUAAAACUAAAAUUGGGGGUGAUUUUUAUUUUAUAACAAGUCAAAGUUAUGAUUUUGAUUUUGCUGUUGUUAAAGCUACUGGUUAUGAUGGUGUUGGAUCAUAUUCUAAUAUUUUUCAACCUUCAUUUGGUCAAUUUAAAGAUUUUACAACAUUCAGAGCAUUUAGUGGUGAUUUAAAAGAAACACAAUUACCAAAACAUUUAUUACCAAGAAUUCCAAAUUUAAAUGAAAUCAUUGAAUCACCAAUAAUUAAUUCAUUAAAAUUUGAAGUUCAAUCAAUGAAUACAACCGAUGUUGGUGGAUUAAAUACAGUUUAUUUAGGUUUUAAUAAUUUUGACUUUAAACAUUCAAUUUUUCAUCAUCCAUCAUUUAUUUUAUCACCUAAAAGUUUAUCUUCAAAUAUUCAUUUUCAUAAAGCAAUACCUUUCACUUUAAUUGAUGAAAAUAAAAAAUUAUUUAAAGCAGAAUUUUAUGUACCAGCUAAUUUACCAACUGGAGAAGUUGAUUAUUCAAUUGUAAAUAAUGUUGGUUAUGAAUAUACUUCAAGUUAUAUUAAAUCAUAUUUAUUAAAUAAUCCAUCAACUGAUAGUAAUGUGAAUGAUACAUCGUCAUUAUAUACUUAUUCAGAAUAUGGUUAUUCAUUACCACCAAUAAUUAAAUCGUAUUCAUUUGAAAAAGAAAUAGUUGAAAUUAAUGAUUUACAAAAUUUAAAUAGAAUUAAUUUAACAAUUCAAUUACAACCAUCAAGAAAUCAAUUUGAUAACGGUUUCAUUUCAAUUGAAAGUUCAAGUAUUACUACAUUUAGAAAGAUGUAUUUUAAUUUUUCAUUUACAAAUGAACAAUUAGUUGGCGGUACAAAUGAUACAUUUACAUUUGAAUUGAAAUUUCCAUGUUUUACAAGUAAAUAUGAAAUUAUAAAUGUUACAUUGAUUGAUAAACAAGGCUAUUUAUCCUCAUUUAAUAAAUAUUCAUAUAAUGGUGAUAUUACUACAACAAUACCAUUACCAAUUGACCCAUUCAUGAUUUUUAAUACUGUGAAGGGAUUUAGUGUGCAAUGCAAUCAAUUGGCAAUUCUAGAAUCAUCUCCAAUAAUUACAUCAUUAACCGCAAAUUUAAAUUCAAUAAUAACUAAUUCACCAAUUACAAAAGAUUUACAAUUUACUCUACAAGUUAAAGAUCCAAUUGGUUUAAUGACAGAAUCACAAUUACCAUUUAUUUAUUUAGUUGGUGGUUUAAUUGAUGAUACUAUUAGAAUACCUUUUGAAAUUUAUCAAUAUAAUGAUACAUUUGCGACUUUUAAAUCGAAUCCUAUCACUGUCCCAUUUGGUUUUGGUUUACCAUUUUUAUCAAUUCCAUUAUCAGUAUAUGGUAUUUGUAAUAAAGUUGGUAUUAUUAGUGGAUACAAUAAAAAUCAAUUAAAAGGAAUGAAUAACACACAAAUUAUCCAUGAAAUUCCAAUUGUUUCAAUAAAUUUAACCAACAUACCAAUAAUUUUAGAUUCAUCAGCAUUCUAUAGUAUAGGUGGAAAUUUAACAUUAUUUGGAAAGAAUUUACAAGAUGCUUUAUCUGUUAACGUUUUAAUUCAAUCAACCCAAUUAUCAUAUCCAGUAAUUGGAAAUCAAAAUGAAAGUUAUUUAACAAUUAAUUUACAACCAAUUAAUGAACCAUUUUAUGUUAAUAUAACCAAUAGUAAUUUAUUUUUAAUAGUUCCAAUUCAAGUGCCCAAUAAAGUUAAUGAAUAUAAAAUUGUACCAUCAACACCAAUACCAACAAAUCCUCCUCAAAAAUGUAUUGGUAAUCCACAAUGUGGUGGAGCAACACAUGGUACAUGUACUGAAUCAGGUUGUGUUUGUUUUUCACCAUGGAUUGGUGAAUCAUGUAAUUCAAAAGUUUUAGUUAUUACGCCACCAAUUGUUAAUCCAAAUACACCAUCAACUAAUUUCACAUAUCAUGAUAAAGAUAGUGAAUCUGAAAUUGCAGGUAUAAUAUCAUUGGUUGAAUUGAGAGAAAUCGAUUAUGAAUCAAAACCAAUCAAACGUUAUCCAUUCGAUAAAUGGAUAUUGACAAAGAUUAAUCCUAAUGAAAAUUUUUAUACAACUUCAAUUUUAGAUAAUAAUAAUAAUAAUUCAAAAUUAAUUUGUAAUGUAACUGUAUCAAGUAUUUGGUAUGAACAACUUACAGUAAUUACAUUUGCGGAUCAAAAGAUUACUAUGGAUCCAUCUACAUUGAAAUAUAAUAUCAAUAUAACUUCAUACCCAUUCUCAAAUAAAUUAAAUACUCUUCAAUUGGUAAUUUCUGCAAGUGCAAAAGAAACAAAUAAUAAUUCAAAAUCAGAUUAUUGCUCAUCUAGUUCCUAUGGUAAUACAGUUUUAGAUAAUUCAAAUUAUUUAAAACUAACAAUUAACUAUCAAAGUAUUUAUGGUAAAUUUAUAAAAAGAGGUAUAAUUGAUUUUAAAACAAUAUCAAUUGGAAAUUCUCAAUUAGCCUUAAAUGAUCCAAUAAUUGAAAAUGAUCAUGGUGAUGAGGCAAUUACUUCAACCUUUCAAAAAUCUUUUAUUGCUAUUAAUAUUCCAUAUUAUAUAUUUCUUGCUCAACUUGAUCCAUCUUUUUCAGUUUUAGUUAAUCCAAACUUAAAUAAUGAUGAAAAUUCAAUUUGUAGUCAAUCAAACGAUCAUUCUAUUAAUGAAAAACUUAUCAUUGGUAUUGUUGUUGGUGUAGUUGGUUUUACAAUUGCAUUAGUGGUGGUUAUUAUUAUAAUCAUAAAGAAAAAGCAUCAUUUAAGACGUUUACAAUAUAAAAUUAAAUUAAAAAAACAAAAUAAAUUAUAA